AUGCCUUCGGAACAAGGUCACAGACUCUACGUCAAGGGUCGCCACCUGAGCUACCAGCGCUCCAAGCGCGCGGUCAACCCCAACACCAGUCUGAUCAAGAUCGACGGUGUUGACAACACUGAGGCCGCAAACUUCUACCUCGGCAAGAAGGUCGCUUUCGUUUACCGGGCAAAGCGUGAGGUUCGGGGUUCCAACAUCCGGGUCAUCUGGGGCAAGGUUACACGGCCACACGCCCUGUUGGACGAUGGAUGGCUGCUAGGAGGAACAACAACUGACGAUAUCAACUUUACAGGCAACUCCGGCGUUGUCCGUGCUCAGUUCCGCCACAACCUCCCCCCCAAGUCCUUCGGUGCUACCGUCCGCGUCAUGCUCUACCCCUCCAACAUCUAA